AUGGGCGUUACUCUGACGCACUCGCAGGCCCUAGCUACAGGGCCCGGCGUAUCAACCGGCCUUCUAGCAGGCCAUUCACGGAGCCCAAACCUCCUACCCCCCCGUCCAGGGCGUAUCAGUCUGUCACAGAUUCCGUCAACGUCUACCUCCUUUUCACACUUGGCCACGAGUCCCUGGGGCGUGCCACAAAGUCCUGUUGCCAUGGGAUCCCAAGCACCCUCGUUGCGGACCCCAGAUGUCGGCAUGAGCCUGACACCCACAAAAGUAGGCGCAGGCCUCGACAGCGGCUCUGUGCUACCUGCUUCCUCUGGUGCUAUACAAAACAGCCUAUUUCUUCGCCAGGCCGUGACAUUCGGCUCACAGUCUUCGCUCACCCGGGGCGCCGCCUCUGGGGCAUUUGGACAGCUAACUCGCGGAUGGCGCAAGAUCAGCAGCGGGGCAGGGUCUGCAGGCAGCAGUAGCACAGUUGCCAAACGCGUCUCCGUCGGAGGCUCCAGCAGCUCGCAGCCCGACUCAUUGGCUAGCUUCAGUGGCCGUGUGUCCACGUCGAGUUCCAUUACUGGGCUGAAGCGCUUGACCAGUCUGCGCCGACGGUCUAAAAAGCAGCUACAACAGGCAAAAAGGAGCACCGGAACCGCUCCAACUGUACCUCCGUCUGCUGACGUGGCGAACACUGGAAACAUCGCUGAAGCAACUGGUGCCCGCUCUACACCGCCGUCGAGCCCUCACUCAUUAAUUACAUCGUCCAUCCUGUUGCCCGAAGCAGCCGAUGUAGUGCGAAGAGCCAGUGAGGAUAGCGUGCAGCCUAGGCCGGAAUCGGAUGGAGUUAAUGAUAAAGUGGCCCAUGCCGACAAAAAGAAGGAUAAAAGUGAAUCUCGAAAGCUGGGAAUGGUAGAUUUUGGUCACCAGGAUACCAAGCAGAGAAGGAAGGAAGAUGAGAAGAGUACUCUACGGCCGAUUAGAACAGAGCAUGAUGUGGACAAAGACAGUCGAAUGAGCAAGGAGGAACAGAAGUCGACAUGCAAAGAAAUAAAGACGGAAUACGAGGUUUCAAAAAGAAUAAAAGACUUCAAAACAGAAGAUAAACCCAGCAUAACUCUCAAGGCGGGUGGUUCUCCAGUCUCCCCGGUCUCUCCUGCUGAAGUACCGGCUUCCGAUCGCAAGCCUCUUUCGUCGCUCGGCUCCGAAUCAGCCUUGCCCCUGAUCACCACAAGCCAUGUGCAGACCAAUGCUCCCAAGGUUCUCCGAUUGGCAGGAGUCAAUAUACGCGGCUUCCAAGGCCAAAUGAUGGCUACACGCGGCCAAGCUGUGCCAUUCGCCUCAGGCCCGCAAGCUAAUUUUGUUCCAAAAGGUCAGUCCUCUGGUGACAAAGACGCGCCCGAGAAGCAUGCUGCUUCACAAAAUACAGCAAAAGCUUGUGAAGACAAGGGACCCAGUGUAACUGAGGCUAGGACUAGUGCCAAUACUCCCUUUCUGCAUCCGACAAGGAUCAUCAUACAGCCUCAAACCGACUCGUCUAGACAGACGACAGUCUCAUCUGGAACUCUUAAAGCCCCCACAUUGAGGCUUAUGAAUGUGGAAGAUGUCGCCCGACCUGGAGUGAUUUGUCUACAUGCUGGGGCUCCUUGUAUCUCUGUGAAACAGGCAGCAAACUCACGAAAAAUCGGAGAAAACGCCAGUGAUAGCAAUACAGAUGAUGGCAAACGGUCAACAGUUGGCAGCAACAGGUAG